AGCAGGGAGGAGUUUCACUUAAAUGGUGACAUUUCGGUGACAUUUCGGAGUCAUUCUACUCAGAGCUGAACAGGAGUCCGGGUCUUUGUUUCCUUCCACACCCUGCAGACAGAGUCAUUAUGGCCACCAAGAGGAAAGCUCAUUCGGGGGGGAGCGGGCCGCGGGACGGGCUGCCGGACGCGAAGAAGCUCUCCAGCGAGGGUGCAAAGCGACACGUCGCCGCGGUGGUCCUGGCUCGCGGAGGGAGCAAAGGGAUCCCCCUGAAGAACAUCAAGAUGCUGGCCGGGGUGCCUCUGCUCGGCUGGGUGCUCAGGGCUGCUCUGGACUCCAAGAUGUUUGACAGUGUUUGGGUGUCCACCGACCACGACGAAAUCGAAAAGGUGGGAAAAUCUUGGGGUGCCCAGGUGCACCGCAGGAGCAAGGAGGUUUCCAGAGACUCUUCAUCAUCCUUGGAAACCCUCCAGGAGUUUGCCAGACUCAACCCAGAGGUGGAUGUAAUAUGCAACAUCCAGGCCACCUCCCCGUGUCUCCACCCGUUCCACCUGAAGGAGGCCCUCGAGAUGAUCACCAAGCAGGGCUACGACUCCGUGUUCUCCGUGGUCCGGAGACACCAGUUCCGCUGGGUGGAGGUCAAGCAAGGCAGCAGCGAGUUGACCAGUCCGCUGAACCUGGAUCCGGCCGCCCGCCCGCGCCGUCAGGACUGGGACGGAGAGCUGUGUGAGAACGGAUCCUUCUACUUCAACUGCAGAGAGCUGCUGAUGCAGAACAUGGUGCAGGGCGGGAAGGUGGCGUACUACGAGAUGCUGCCGGAGUACAGCGUGGACAUCGACGUGGACAUCGACUGGCCUGUCGCUGAGCAGAGGGUCCUCAGGUUUGGUUACUUCGGUGAACCCUCCCCAGAGGUGGUACGUCUGCUGUUCUGCAACAUCUCCGAGUGUCUGACGGCGGGACGCGUCUUCAUAUCGGCGUCCGGCGAGGAGAUGAUGUCCAUCCACAUCAGAGACACCCGGGGCAUCCGCUUGCUGCAGAAGGAGGGCAUCGAGGUGGUGCUGCUGACCUCCGACCUGGACCCCAUGACCAAUCAGCUGAAGGAGAAGAUGAGCAAGAGGACGGGCUGCCAGGUGGUGACGGUGGCAGAGGAGCCCCUCCACGGGCUGAAGGCGAUGAUUGAGGAGCGGAAGCUGGACUGGAAGGACGUGGCUUACAUGGGAAGCGACCAGCAGGACGUCUGCUGUCUGAAUGUAGCGGGGUUGAGCGCGGUCCCCCGAGACGCCCCCAGUGUCGCCAUCAACGCCGCCAAGUACACCUGCCACAAGUUCGGGGGGAAGGGCGCGCUGCGGGAGUUCGCCGAGCACAUCCUCCUGCAGAGAGAGAAAGCCAAGUCUCAGAUGGAGCAGCAACGCAUCGACCGCCACCACUUCUAAACAUCGACGUCAGUCACGGCACAAGCAAAGCAACAGAGAUUUUAUUUUAAUGAGUAGAUUUAUCUCUGUUCACAAUCAGAUCUGGAGCUGUGUGAUGAUUAUAACGCAUGCUCUUCAGUUUCUUUUAGAAUAGAAGGAAAAUAUCAGCAAUGUGAAAAUGAUGUAACGGAAUAUGAAGUAUCCCACAACACCAGAGUCUGCUGCUCUAGUGCACCACACACCCAAAUAUAUCAGUGAUUAAACCAUUUUGUAUUUAUAAAGCGGCGUAAAAGUAUUUUUUUACAGAUAAAUUGACUUUUAGCAUUUUAAUUUGAAAGGAAUAUUUGUUUUAAAAUCAUAAAACUUGUAGAAAAACGUUAAAUAAACGUUAUUUUUUUAGCCAGCCACUACAUUUUAAUACAAUGUGGUUAAAGUCCCCUAAGUUAGGACUUAUGGUGACUACUGCCGCUCAGUAUCACCAUGGAUUGAUACUGUGGUUCUUGGUUACCCCAAAAACAUACAAAACAGCAAUUUUAAAUGUCUUAUGUUCCCAAAAAAGCAACACAUUUAAUAUUUAGGGACAUGUGUGUUUAUGCUUUAUAUCGCCAAUGACAACACUGAAUGUCUGUCCGCUAUUUUGGAUUUUUCACCAUGUAACACUGCUCCGUUAAGCAGGGAAGCAGCCUCCCGGUGUUCCGUUGCAAAUGAGUUUGUUUUCGUGCACGCGAUAUCGUUUCAGUCCAGCAGAUGGCGUCAUAGCCCUCCUCUAAACAGCAGGACGUUCCUUUAACUUCCAAUCAUAUUUUUCCACACGGUACCUGAAGGUAGCAUUGAGCUAAUGAUGUGUUUGAGUGCUCGGAUAGAUGGGUUGUUUUUGUCAGGGGCCCGAUCGACUGCAAUGUGUAGGAUUUAUGGCAAUAUAAUAUAUCUCUUCCUCUACACCUUCCUCAGAGACAUUUGUUUGUCGUUCAUGGGAUUGUUUCUGUUUACUUUAAUAAUUGUGUCGGGUGUCAUUGAUUUAUCGUGUAUUUUUUUAAAUGAAGAUGAUGGUUGAA